AUGGCCGGCGACUCUGAAACACGCCUCCGGGACCGGGGUGACAAUAGCGACGUAAUACGACAACCUUUUCUCAUCGGUGUCUCUGGAGGCACCGCCAGCGGAAAGUCAUCCGUUUGUGGGAAGAUCAUGGAGCUGCUGGGCCAAAAUAAGAUUGACCAUCACCAGAGGCAGGUGGCCAUCCUCAGCCAGGACAGCUUUUACAAGGUGUUAACCGCUGACCAGAAAGCCAAGGCACUUAAGGGACAGUACAACUUUGAUCAUCCAGAUGCCUUUGACAAUGAACUAAUCAUGCAAACGCUCAGGGAAAUCCUACAAGGGAACACUGUCCAGAUCCCAGUUUAUGACUUUGUCACUCAUUCCAGGAAGGACGAGUUUGUCACAGUGUAUCCAGCUGACGUCGUCCUCUUCGAGGGCAUCCUUAUGUUUUACUCGCAGGAGAUCCGUGACCUGUUCCAGAUGAAGCUUUUUGUCGACACCGACCCAGACACGCGGCUCUCCCGAAGAGUUUUAAGAGAUAUCGGUGAGCGUGGGCGGGAGCUGGAGCAAGUGCUGACGCAGUACAUAACGUUUGUGAAACCGGCCUUCGAGGAGUUCUGUUUACCAACGAAGAAGUAUGCUGAUGUGAUAAUACCCCGUGGUGCAGAUAACCUUGUGGCCAUCAACCUAAUCGUACAGCACAUCCAAGACAUUCUCAAUGGCGGUCUAAACAAGCGUCACAACGGCUUCACCAACGGUCACGGCACACCCCGGCAACGUCGGACGUCCGAGUCCAGCAGUCGGCCACAUUGA